CUUAAACCCAAGAAAGGUUGACCGGCCGGGCGGAUCCAGAAUGACGGAGCGGGCGGCCCCAUCUGACUCGAGUCGAAUCUUCGGUCGCCGAUGACAUCGGGGGGGAUUCCCACUUUGAAUUGCGAGCGGCUUCGGGGGGAUCAGUGGAGCGAUUUUGGAAACUGGCUUCAGGGUCUAACCCAGCCGGUCGGUCCAUAUUUGCCGGGCACCUUAUCUUAAAGCCAACAGUAGUUCAACACCAAGAAUCCCACCGGUUUGUCAUUCUCAUAGGGUCGAGCAUCCCCAUCCUCUACAUGGUAAACGUCUAGAAGCACCUGGGUCCUCCCAUCGCACAUCGUUACUGUAAGGGAAGACAUGGUGCCUGAUCCUACCCCAUACAUCGGGCGAUGUACAGAUAGCUUCGGAUACCGAAUCGUUCAGACGCUAUCACCGAGUGCUAUCACACGACACCUCGGAGGAUGCACGAGGGAUGACAAUGUCCCCGAUUUGAUAGGCUCCUCGCCUCUCCGCGCCGACCCCGCGCGAGCAAUUGGCCGGUGGGCGCAAGAUAACGACCGCGAAGAACAAUAACAGCCUUCCUGCAAAGGUAAAGUGAGUACAGCCUUUAGAAUCCUUCUGUCGAUGGGAGGUUUGUCGGUUCAUUCUAAGCCGAUGUUUUCAAUUGUCGACCAGUCAUCUGUGCUUUUUUGUGUUUCUCAAGUUGCUUCCAAACAAGGUUCAGGGUGCCGUCUCAACUGAUAAUCAUUGAACCUUGGCCAAGAAGUUUGCGGUAGUUUCUGCAGUGCGGGCAUGACUCAAAAAUAGUUAAAGCUCUUCGCAUCUGCUCUCAGUUUACCCAGCAUGGGCCGACGAACCGGUCGUACGUAUUCGUACGACAGUGACGAGCGGACGAGUCUACUGCCGACGUCUGAAGAAGAGAGAGAAGCAAUGGGCUUUGUCACGUCGUUGAGGGGACACCUCCAUGCAGAGGGGUCCUCGUCGGCAGACCCCGCCAACGGGGAUAUAGCUGCAUCGGAAGCACCUCGGGACGUUGAGAUGGCUGGGAAGACGGACGACACUAUCGAGGACCACGAUCAUGUCAAAAAGUUUGACACCUCCGAGCCUCUCGAGUCGGGUGUCGGCACUAUUCAAGCUGCUCAGACAUUAUGGGGGAAGAAGGGAAGAUGGCUUGUUAUUGUCGGUCUGGCCUUGGUGAUGAUUGUGUACGAAAUCGACAACACCACCGUCUACAUCUACAACAACUAUGCGACGUCUUCCUUUUCAGCUCUUUCCAAGCUAGCAACCCUAAGCACCGCCAGCGGCAUCGUCUUCGCUGUUAUCAAACCGCCAGUCGCCAAGCUAUCCAACGUCAUCGGACGAGGAGAAACCUACAUCAUGAGUAUAUCCUUCUACGUUCUGGGCUACAUCCUCAUGGCAACAUCGACAACUUUCAACGCCUAUGCUGCAGGCGUUGUAUUCUACGUUGUCGGCCAGUCAGGCACAAACAUCAUGAACGACAUCGUUAUUGCCGAUAUCACUACCGCCCGCUGGCGUGGUUUUGCUCUCAGCUUCUCCUUCUUCCCAUUUCUCAUCACACCUUGGGCAGCUGCCUUCAUUGUCGACGACGUCGUCAAGCCCGGCGGUAUCGGCUGGCGAUGGGGCAUCGGCAUGUUCGCAAUCCUCAUGCCCAUCGGCGCCGCAUUCAUCAUUUCGACCUUGCUUUACUACCAAAAGAAGGCCAAGGACAUGGGUCUCACCCCAAGGCAGAAAACAACGCUCUACAGCUUCUGCUCUCAGAUCGACCUGGGCGGUUCAGCACUUCUCUGCGCGGGCUUCUCAUUAGUCCUGAUACCGCUAACGUUGGCAGCAUCGACACCAAGCAGAUGGGGAACAGCAUACAUCAUCGUCUUAAUCGUGAUUGGCGUCAUGCUCCUCGCUGCGCUGCCGUUCUACGAGCAGCGCUUGGCUCGCAACCCAAUCAUGCCCACACGAUACUUCCGCAACAAGACCAUCGUUCUUUGCCUCUUGCUCAUCGCGAGUGACUCAGUCGGGUUCGCCUGCACGCACACCUAUCUCUACUCAUGGUCUACCGUUGCCCGUGGCUUCGUCGCCCGGGACGCUACGUUCUUCCAAUACACCAACGGCGUGAUGCAGUGCGUAAUGGGAAUCAUCGCCGGAUUGGCAAUGGCAUACACUCGCCGAUACAAGUGGCUGCUCAUCGGCGGCGCAAUCAUCCGUCUCGUCGGCUACGGUAUCAUGCUUCGCCUCCGCGGUGCUGAUAACUCCGUGGCCGAGCUCUUCAUCGUCCAGAUGAUCCAGGGUCUAGGUUCCGGCAUAAUGCAACUAUCGAUUCUUGUGCCAGCUCAGGUUGUUGUGCCUCACCGCGAGAUGCCACAGAUUACUGCUUUGGUCAUUUGCUGUUCGGUCAUCGGGGGAAGUAUCGGAGGUUGCAUAGCUGGUGGCAUCUACACCAACACAUUCAAGCCGAUGCUGUACAAGUAUCUCGGCGCCAGCGCUUCACCGGAGCUCGUCGACUCUUUAUUCGAUUCAAUUGUUGGCACCGCACCUGCAUGGGGCACUCCGGAAAGAAACGCGAUCAACCACGCUUUCACAGAUGUGAUGAAAUUCAUGGUCUAUACUGCCGUUGGAGCUUCAGCUCCGGGGGUUAUUCUGGCUUGGUUCCUGCCAGAUUUUGUACUACCUGACCGAAACAACAUGGUUGAAGAGUAAAACAGAGUCGACUCAACAGUUGUGAGGUAUUCUUUUACAUCGCCAACCAGUGGCAACAAGCGAAGGCUUAUCUUCAUCAACGCAUUCAUGACGGGCAUACAUAUAGAGGAGGGCCGGGAGCAGCGACAGAAAAGCCUCUCAUUUUCUCCAUAGACACAGC